AUGGGCAGUAUCGAAGGGUCAACGACUAAGAAGUCCUGGCAGGAAUUGCAGGCAGCAAAAAAGGCUGAGCAGGAUUCAAGAAUACCAGCAGAAUGGAAGUUGAAACUGGAAGAUAUUCCACCGGAGGACACAGUUGACCUCCGCCCCUUUGUUAGCACACACAAUAUAUUAUCUCCGGCCGAGUUAGCAAUUACCAGUGAGGAAUACGAUGCAACAUCUUUGGCGGCCGCCAUUGCCACAGGCAAAUUCACGGCCGUAGAGGUCGUGACGGCAUUUUGUAAACGCGCCGCGAUAGGCCAUCAGCUCUGUAACAUGCUGACGGAAAUUAUGUUCGCGGAUGCAAUAGAGCGAGCCAAAGAACUAGACAACAUUUUCAAAAGCACGGGAAAGGUGGUCGGGCCUCUGCAUGGGGUUCCUAUGACUUUUAAGGAGUGUUUCCAUUUCAAGGGGUACGACUCGACAAACGGCUACAUGUCUCGGGUCUUCCAGCCGGCUGACCGCACGUCGCCUUUGCCGGAACUCUUGCAAGCUACUGGGGCGGUAAUUAUUUCGAAGACGAAUGUACCACAGACGAUGUUGGUUGCGGAGAGCCAUAACAAUCACGGCGGCGAGGGCGCAAGUCAAGCCUUUCGCUGUAGUGCUCUCGGCGUCGGAACUGAUGUAGGCGGAUCGGUUCGAAUACCGACUGCUUGCAAUGGUGUCUACGGGUACAAACCAAGCUCCGGGAUCAUCCCCAUGAUCGGGUAUUCCUACUCCGGCUGGACGGGUUCCAACACCGGGAUUCCGGCUGUGACCGGUCCAUUGGGUCAUUCCGUGCGUGACCUCGACCUGUUCACUCGCAUUGUCAGGGACACGAAGCCAUGGAAUUUUGACCCUGCCGUCAUUCCGAAUAUCAUGGAACUUGGCACCACAGCGACGCGGAAACCCAUCGUCGGCGUUAUCCACGCAUCUGGCCUUACGCCUCACCCACCGGUCCGCCGGGCCCUACGAGAAGCCGUAGCCAAGCUCUCAGCAGCCGGGUUCGAGACCAGGGACUUCGAUCCGCCGGACUUCAUCGGCAUCCGCGAUACAAAAUUCGCCAGGUCGGGCGAGCCGAUCGUGCCCAGUGUCAAGAAGAUCGGGUUCUUGGAUCUCCCGCGGAAGACCCAGGAGGAGGCGUGGCAGUGGAAUACUAAGAAAUUGGGGAUUCAGAAGCAGAUGCUGGACGAGUGGCAGAGGGUGGGCUGUGACGUCGUUCUGGCUCCUGCUGGUCCGCAUACGGCGGUGUUGCCGGGGGAUUGGACGAGCGAUAUUUAUACCGUGGCUUGGAAUGUGGCCGAUUAUCCUGCUAUCAUCAUUCCCUUCACGCAUGCCGAUCCGACUCUCGACCCUGUGGAUGCCGGAUUCAAGGCUAAGCAUGAGGCUGACCAGAAGAAUCAGGAUAUGUAUGAUCCGGAGCUCUUUAAAGGCGCGCCUGUGGCACUGCAGAUUGUCGGUCCGAGAUUAGGAGAUAAGCAACUGCUCAAGGACGUUGAGCUCCUUGACAGUGUGCUGAACGGUACUUCUUGA